GCUGCGAUGGAGCGCUGCAAGUUUCAUAUUUCGUGUUUGUGGUCAGUUAUCAGUAGUCAAGGAUAAAACUAUUUGCAUAUUCUUGCACGUAGCCAAGACGAGCAAUUCAGAAAUGAGUCAAGGAGACGGUAGCCAAGACUCAGCCGUAGAUGCAGAAGUAGCUCAUUUCUAUAAGUACACUGGAGUAUGUAUUAAUGGACUGAAAGCUGCAGACAUAGUGCCUGUGUUGAGAGAGAAAGUGGCCUAUCUCUCAGGUGGACGAAUGGAACAGGAGCUGCCUAUCCUGACAUUUCCGCGUGAGGAAGUAAAGGAACUUGGAUUCAUUGUCAUCAUAGACAUGCGAGGUUAGUGGGACAGUGUCACUCUACUAAAGGUGCUACAGGAGUGCUUCCCAGGCAACAUUCAUAUGGCAUACAUCAUUAAACCAGAAAACUUUUGGCAGAAGCAGAAAACGAGUAUUGGGAGUGCCAAGUACAAAUUUGAGACGAGCAUGAUCUCUGUGGAAAGUCUUACCAAAAUCAUUGAUCCUAGUCAACUAACAACCGAGUUCGAGGGUAGUCAGGAGUACGACCACGAAGAGUGGAUACAGUUGCGAUUGCUGUUGGAGGAUUUUAUUAGCAAAGCUUUGGACCUUUUGGACAAGCUCGAACAGCUUAAGCGUGAACUAGGUAGCAGUGAGCUAUCAGAGACAUUAGAUGGUGCUAAGAAGACUAUUGAGAAUCAUAAUUUGUCAAAGAAAAAGAUCAUGAAGGCUCCCAUUGAGAAUCUGGAUAAGGAGGGACAGGCUGUGCUGGAAAAGCUCAAGCCAAGAAACAAUGCCGAAGGGUCGUCGAUGCUGUCGGGGAACGCAGACUUCCAAAGCGCGAUCCCGCACGUGUCGCAGCUGAUCGAGAAUCUCCACGCGGCUCGCAAGCAGCUGCACCACCUGUGGCACAUCAAGAAGCUGAAGCUCGACCAGUGUUUUCAACUGAGGCUCUUCGAGCAGGAUGCUGAGAAGAUGUUUGAGUGGAUAGCACAUAAUAGGGAACUGUUUCUAGUCAACUACACGGAGGUGGGCGAUUCGUACCAGGUUGCCAAAGAAUUGCAAGAUGAGCACAACCAUUUUGCAAUGAACUGUAUGAACGUGUACGUGAAUAUUAACCGCAUCAUGACGGUGGCAACGCGGCUCAUCGAAGCCGGACACUACGCCGUGCACCAGAUCAAGGUGAUCGCCGGCAAGCUCGACCGCGAGUGGAAGACGUUCGCCGCCUCGAUCGAUGACCGUAGCACCGUGCUCACGAUGUCCGUCAUGUUCCACAAGAAGGCCGAGCAUUACCUGACCAACAUUAACCACUGGUUGUCACAGUGUCAUUGUGAUGAGCUAUCAAGUGACGUCAGCAAUCUGGAAGCAAUGAUUCACCAACAUCAGAGCUUCUACGAGGAAGUCACUCAGUGCUACACUGAGACGUGCUCGGACGGGAAGCUGCUGCUGGAGUCGCUGCAGCAUCCGCUGCGUCACGCAUCGUCGUCGGCGAUGUCGGCUGCCGCGCAGGACUACACGAAUUCGGCGACGCACGUGCUUGACGUGCUGCACGAGAUCAUCUCGCGGCAUCGGCAGUACGAGCACCACUGGCAGAUUAAGAAGGUGAAGCUGCAUCAGAAGUUGGGAUUGUGCCUUUUCAAGCAAGAUGUGCAGCAGGUGCUAGACUGGCUGGAGAAUCAUGGUGAGGUGUUUCUACUGAAAAACAUGGGUAUAGGCAAGUCACUACAGCGUGCAAAGGCACUGCAGAAGAGUCAUGAACAUUUUGAAAAUGUUGCUCAGAACACGUUCACAAAUGCGGAUAAGCUGCUGCAAGCGGCGGAGGAGCUUGCGCAGACCGGUGAGUGCGAUCCGGACGAGAUCUACGCGGUCGCGCACGAGCUGGAGAGCCAGAUACAGAGCUUCCUCGCGCGCGUCGAGCAGCGACGCAUCCUGCUCGAGAUGUCCGUCUCCUUCCACACGCACACCAAGGAGGUGCUAGACUGGCUGGAGAAUCAUGGUGAGGUGUUUCUACUGAAAAACAUGGGUAUAGGCAAGUCACUGCAGCGUGCAAAGGCACUGCAGAAGAGUCAUGAACAUUUUGAAAAUGUUGCUCAGAACACGUUCACAAAUGCGGAUAAGCUGCUGCAAGCGGCGGAGGAGCUUGCGCAGACCGGUGAGUGCGAUCCGGACGAGAUCUACGCGGUCGCGCACGAGCUGGAGAGCCAGAUACAGAGCUUCCUCGCGCGCGUCGAGCAGCGACGCAUCCUGCUCGAGAUGUCCGUCUCCUUCCACACGCACACCAAGGAGGUAAGCUUGUGCCGCACAACGCGGCACUCGCCCGCGCUGCUCGAGUUCGUGUCCAGCCCAGCGCGAGAUUUGGACCUCGAGGACAUGGCCGAGAUGAAGCGCAUCAAGCUGGAGCAGUGCACGCAGCUACGCCUGCUGGAGCAGGAAGCCAAGCAGGUGAACAGUUGGAUAAGGAACGGUGAAGCCAUGCUGAGUGCAACAUUCGCCAUUCCCAACAGCCUGCAAGAUUCAGAGCAGAUGAGGCGGGAGCAUGAUCAGUUCCAGAAUGCCAUCGAGAAAACGCACCUGAGCGCGGUGCAGAUCCAGCAGAGGACGCAGCUGAUGUUGAAGAGCGACCACUACGACCUGGACGGCGUGCACAGCGUUGCUGAGUCGGUGCUCACCAUGUGGCAGCAGCUGAUGGUGCGUGCCGACGAGCGCCACAAGCUCGUUACCACGUCGAUGAACUUCUACAAGACCGCCGAACAGCUUAAUCAGUGGUUUGAAGAUCUGAAGGCGGAGCUGCAAUCCACGGAGAUUGCUGAUUCAGUCGAGCCGGCGGAAGCGUUAUUGAAUCAGUUUCAUCAGCAGAGGGAGGCAACGCUGGAUGCAUCAAUCAACACGAUGAGCGAGGGUGAAACCCUCCUGGAGCAGUUGAGAGCUGUCACGGAAGAUUAUGGGCAGAACAGCUCCUACCAGCACUUGGCUGAAAUGCUGAAACAUCUGAAUGAAACGAGAGCACACUUAAACGAGCUGUGGGCAGCCAGGAAACUCAAGCUGGAGUUAUGUCUUCAGCUGAGGUUGUUUGAGAGAGAUGCACUAGAGGAGACGAAGGAUAAAGUGAAGCUGCUCAUCCAGCUUGCAGACAACCUCGUGGAGAAGGGUCACGCGCACGCGUCCAGCAUCAAGUCAUGGGUGGCGGCCGUCGACAAGCGUUACAAGGACUUCUCCUCGCGCAUGGAGAAGUAUCGCCUGAAGCUGGAGCAGCAGCUCGGCUACAAGCAGGAGGAGCAGGAUGAUGCAAGCAGUGACAGCAUGGAACGGCUGAGUCAGAACCGGGAUAGUGACCCGACCUUGGAGGCGAAGUUGAAGGACGCCAGCAAGGAGCUGACAGAAGAGAAGCGCAAGUCAGCUCGAAGGAAAGAGUUUAUCAUGGCCGAGCUGCUGCAGACGGAGCGUGUGUACGUGAGAGACUUGGAGCAGUGCAUCAAGCAUUACCUAAAGGAAAUGCAGAAUUCUCCUGACUGUCCUCCUGGAAUCCGAGAGAAAAGUCAGAUCCUGUUUGGAAACAUGGAAGAAAUAUAUGAAUUUCAUAAUCGGAUUUUUCUGCGAGAACUCGAGAAGUAUGAAAUGCUGCCAGAAGAUGUCGGCCAUUGUUUUGUUACUUGGGCUGCCAAGUUUCAAAUAUAUGUCCUAUACUGCAAGAACAAACCAGACUCCAACUCUCUACUUGUGCAACAUGGUGGUAACUUCUUUGAUACCCUCCAGAGUAGAUACAACCUAGGCUUGUCUAUAGCUGCUUAUCUUAUCAAGCCUGUGCAGAGAAUUACGAAAUACCAGCUCCUUCUUAAGGACCUGCUAGCCUGCUGCGAGGAAGGAAGAGGCGAAAUCAAGGAUGGCCUAGAAGUCAUGUUGAAUGUACCGAAGAAAGCCAACGACGCGAUGCAUCUGAGCAUGUUAGAAGGAUACGAAGAAACACAAGAAGCUCUUGGGGAGGUAUUGCUGCAGGACAAUUUCACCAUCUGGGACCCGAAGCAGUUGAUACGAAAGGGACGUGAGAGACACGUGUUCCUCUUCGAGAUGUGCCUCCUCUUUGCGAAGGAGAUCAAGGACAGCAACGGAAAAUCCAAAUACAUUUCCAAGAGCAAGCUAAUGACGUCAGAGGUUGGCAUCACGGAGCAUGUGGAGGGGGACGAGUGCAAGUUUGCACUGUGGACGGGUCGCACUCCGCUCCCCGACUACAGGAUUGUCUUCAAAGCCGGCUCUCUGGAGAUAAAGCAGUCCUGGGUCAAGAAGCUACGAGAGCUGAUCCAGGAGCGCAUGCAAUUCAACAUUUCCACCGCGCUGAACGACUCGUCGCUGAACGCGAAGGCUUCGCGCAUGCGCAUGUACAAGUCGGACAGCAAUCGGUCGAGUCGCGACCUUGAGAGUGACCUUGGCGGAGAUGGUGCGAGCCUCAGCAGCCUUGCCGCCGACACUCAGGAGCGCGCGUCGAUCACGUCGGCAACCUCCCUCGCCUCGACCGCGUCCGACAACGAUAAGGUAGGGGGAGCCACUGCAGCACGGCGUAUGCGCGGACAGUGGGUGAAUGUUAUAGGCCGGACCGUUGCCCAAGCAUACUCCUUGUUAGACUACGAAUCUCUAGAGGCACCUGAUUGA